AUGCGUUUAAAUGCCUCAAUUGAUGUAGCAAGAUUUCUCUUGACAUCGGGAUUUCCAUUUCGUGGACAUGAUGAAAGUGAAGGUUCCAAAUAUAAGGGUGCUUUUCUUGAACUUUUGAAUGAUAUUGUGGAGGCUUGUGCUAAAGAAACAACUAAGGCUAUCACUGAAGACUUGGACGGUGAUUAUUUUGGAAUAUUAGUUGAUGAAUCAAAGGAUGUUUCUCAUAAGGAGCAAAUGGCUCUAAUUUUGAGAUAUGUCAACAAAAGAGGAAUGGUGAUAGAGCGAUUCUUGGGUAUUGUCCACAAUACUAUUGGAGCUUCAUUUAAACGCAAAGAUUCACUUCGACAACAUCAAGAAGAUAAGUUGGAAGAGUUGCUUAAAUUUGGAGAAGUUCAUACAGGGCAAGGUUUGAAUCAAGAACGUGGCCUCCAACGACCGAGUGAUACUCAUUGGGGGUCUCAUUUUAAAACCUUGGACAAUUUCUUGAUUCUUUUUUCUUCAAUUGUUAAUGUGCUUAAGGAUAUGAAACGUGAUUGUCCAUAUCAUCUUGAUAGAUUUGUGGCGGAAAAUCUUUUGAGCAAGAUUCAUGAAUUUGAGUUUGUCAUUAUGUUGCACUUGAUGUUUAAGGUGUUGCUAUUGACGAAUGAGUUGAAUAAAGUUUUACAAAGGAAAGAUCAAGAUAUCGUUAAUGCUAUGGGAUUGCUUGACCUUUCAAAGAAACGAUUGCAAAUGAUGAGAGAGGAUGAAUGGGACUCUAUGAUGGAUGAGGUUAGCUUAUUUUGUGGUAAACAUGGUAUUUCAAUUCCCAAAAUGAAUGAAGGCUACUAUAAUGGGAAGUCAAAGCGUAAGAGGUCCAAUAUUUCAUAUUUACAUCACUUUCGUGUGGAAGUAUUUUAUGCCAUCAUUGAUUUGGCACUUCAAGAACUCAAUAAUCGUUUUGAUGUGGUGACUAGUGACUUGCUCCUUGGUAUGACUAGUUUGAGUCCGGUUGAUUCAUUUGCUAAUUUUCACAAGGAUAGGAUAAUGAAACUAGCCGAGUACUAUCCAAGUGAGUUUGGUAAUAAAGAGCUUCGGGAGCACAAUUUUCAACUCGAUGAUUUUAUUGUCUAUGCUCAAAAGUGUGAUAGCAAGUUUCUCAACUUGAAGGGAAUCAAGGAUCUUGCAAAAGUGAUGAUAGAGACAAAACUAGAUCAAACUUGGUCACUUGUGUAUCUACUUGUGAAGCUAACUUUGAUUAUUCAUGUUGCUACCGCAAGCGUGGAAAGAGCAUUCUCAUCAAUGAAGUACAUAAAGAAUGAUUUGCGUAAUAGGAUGGAUGAAGAUCUUUUGAAUGGUUGUUUAGUUUGCUAA